AUGGGCAUCAGUGGUGUUGUCUCCGAAUUAAGGAGCGGAAUGCUAGCUGUUCGUAGAGGAACACUUGGUACGAUGGCACUCAAGAUCGAGGCAAUGUCUGGCGUUGGAAGCGGAACUGUCGGUACAGACACAGGAACAGAAGCUAGCUCAGAUGAAAGCAGCGCUGUGAGAGUUGCCGGCAGGGGAAGGGAAGCCAUCUCCGACACGACAAUUGCUGAGAGCGACUGGAGUUCCGAAAUCGAAACCGGAAGUUCUGAGCUGACCAUCGACUGGAACGACUGCAAGAGCGGUAGGACUGAUGGCAGGUCUGUACUCAACAGGGGAAUCAAGGGCGUGAUCUCAGACAUGAGGAGCGGGAUGUCAGAUGUCGGAACCGCUGCGGUUCGCAAAAUGGCACUUGAGUUAGAAACUACCCCGGGUGUUGGGUUCACGUUGGUUGGUACGGGGAAUGAAAGCGGAAGUGACAAUCCUGGGCUAAGGAACGCCGGUUGGCCCGAAGAGGUCGGGCCCGGUACUGGUAUAAUGGGUGGCAAGGUACCUUCCGCCGACAUAGUGGUGGCCUGCUGUGCUCCGGGCUGA